CUCAGCCCGAUUUCUAUCGGCUUCUGUAGGUUUCCACCCAUUUUAUACGACCAGACUUGCACGCACAGGGCUACACAGCGCCGCGCAUCAGCUGGUCUUACCUUCACUGCGGUACUGCCUUAAAGUCACGUGACAUGCAACAUGUAUUUGGUCUGGAAUACCUCGGCUUAUUACAGUUUUUGAGUACUAGCUAUAUAUAAUUAUAUAUCGUAUAUUUAUAUUGUGUAUUAUAUAUAACAUAUGUACAUGUGUGUGCAUGUAUGUGUAAGUGCGCGUGUGUUCUGAAGUAUAAGCUAAUUGUUGUGUGUAAUUCAAGAUAGUUAGGUAUGUAAUCAAACUAAUUGAUCACUGUCCUCUUUAAUGCACGUGUGGAUUUCUCGAUGUGUUCCCGUGAGUAGAAAUGUUACUUCUACUAUUGUAUGGACGGCGGGGAAUAUUCCAUUGCUGGACAGUUCUAGCCUUUCAUUCUUGUGAAUUUCUCUUGGGAUAAGUGUCCGCGGAUUUCCACGGGAAACAACUACUUCUAAGUCUGGGCCAAGUUCAACAUCUCACAAGGAUGCAAAUCUGGAUUAUACAGAGAAAAUUAAUGUUACACUUAAUAAUGACAGUUCUAUUCCUUGACCGGGUAUGGAGCGCGGGACAAGAAAAAGAUCUGACACGAAUGCUGGAGUUGAUCGAGGAACAAGUAGGAAAUACCCCUCCAAAUUUUAACGAUGAUUUUCCGACGGAAGUGGAGUGUGAACUGUAUGUCGACAGCUUUGAUUCUAUCAAUGAAGCUAAUAUGGACUUCACCGUUAGCAUCUUUAUACAUCUGAUGUGGCAGGACAGUCGUUUCCUUACGUGGGUACGUCUAAAGGACAAUAAUUCGUACAUCGAAGCGGACUCGAAACGCUUAGCCAAUUUAUGGGUUCCUGAUAUAUAUUUCCCAAACGAAAAGAAAGCUUUCUUCCAUGAUGUUUUCAUGCCUAACAAAAUGCUCAGGAUAUUUGGAGACGGAAAAGUAUCAUACACAGCAAGACUUUCUCUGACACUCAGCUGUCCAAUGGACUUACACCAUUAUCCAUUUGACGAACAACGAUGUCCUAUAAUAAUGGAAAGUUUUAGUUACGAUGAAAACAAUAUAAUAAUGAAAUGGAUAGGAGAGAAUACUACAGAAGGCACAAACGACGCUGUGCGGAUCAACCGAGAGAUAACUCUGCCCCAAUUUGAGGUGUAUGAUAUCUCGUCAAGGAGCUUCAAGCGCGAACGCAAAGGAUCGUAUGCACGUCAUAGUGGUCUGAGGACAGAAUUUUACUUGGCCAGGAACAUUGGGUACUACGUGGUACAAAUGUACAUCCCAAGCAUCCUUGUUGUCAUGUUGUCAUGGAUAUCCUUCUGGUUGAACGUCAACGCCGUACCAGGCCGGAUAGCUCUGGGCGUGCUCACCGUUCUUACCAUGACAACACAAAGCUCGAGCGUGAACGCCUCCCUGCCUCGAGUGUCCUACACCAAGGCAAUAGACAUCUGGAUGUCCGUGUGUCUUUUGUUCGUAUUCGCUGCACUUAUAGAAUUUGCCGUGGCCAAUGUCCUCAGUAACAAAGACAACAAUAAAGUAUUAAAACUGAAAAAUAUCCUUCAUAUACUUAAACCGGGUGCUAAAAAGAAAAAGCCGAAAACCGAGAUCCUGGUUGGCGAAGACGGCGAAAUGAGACUUGACCCAGAACGGGACCCCACGGUCCAGCGUAAAAGGGUGUCAGGCAUUCUGUUCUCCAUGUACCUGGAUGUAGCAUCUCGGUUUUUAUUUCCAUUUUUCUUCGCCAUGUUCAAUCUUGUGUACUGGGCCCAUUAUUUAUCCACCAGUUAGUGCGGGCGUCGAAUUAGCGUUUGCUUCCAAAAAAACUUGGACUUUUAUCAUUGAUCUCUCCAUAGCGUUAAAUCAUACUAUGUGUGGAAUCACGUAUAUGCAAAGACAUUUUUCUCUGCGGAUACUUUGUUAUUACAUGUAAACCUCCGAAGUUUCCUUCCUAACAUGUCUACACUUUGUCCAUGGCGUUGUUUGCCUUCCGAUUUCCUGUUGUACAGUGACAUUUGGAUGUUAAUACUUUGUCCAUGGCAUUGUUGGCCUUCACAUUCUACAGUUGUACUGUGAAUUUCAAUGUCUGUGGUUAUUAUAUGUCGAUGGUUUGAUCAGCGUUAAACGAAUUAUACAUUAAAAAGAAGUUGUUACUAACACAGACUCUGCUGAAAAAAAAGUGUUAUGCUUAGGGAAUAAAUAUAUAUUGUAGAUUGUUACUGUUACUGUAGUCCUUGGUUAUUAAUAUUUAAAAUAUUACUAAGGCAAUAUAGCUAAUGAACAAUGUUAUGCUGUACUCUUUUACGGGAUAUUUAAAGAGAAUAUUUAUCAAUUGAGGAAUUUAUUGAGGGUAAUAUGUUGUCUUACAUGCUGUGAAAGCGCUAUUAGCAACAUAAUUUUCAGGUCUAUAUAACACAUAUUCACUCAAGUUAUAUUUUUAAUUGUUAUUUAAGAUAUUCAAUUAUUAUUCUUUAACUUUAAAAAAGUGGAUCGUAAGCAUUUGGCAGAGACCAUUGUGACGUUACAGUUGAAGUGAGGUAAUAAUGUAAAUGUUAUGUAAAUAAGUUUUUUAAUAUCGUAACUCUGAGGCAAUAUCAUAAAUUAAUCAAUAAAAUAAAUAAAUAUACAACAUUUGAUAUAGCGCCCGAUCUA